GCGGCUGGCGCGACCAAGUGCUCGCCCACCCUUGGCUCGGGCCGUCGCGGCUCAUUCGCUCGCGCGCCGCCGCCGCCGCCAGUCGCUACUGCCUCCGCGGGGGUGGACAGCUCGCCCGCUCGCACCUCUCGGCCGCCACUCAGCGACAGAGCCACGUGUUCUCCUUGUGCCAUGAGUGCGGUUCGUUCUCCUCCCGGACAUGCAGUGCCACGGACACUGAGUGCGUGAACGCGCCCGCCUCGCUGCCCGGCACACCACGCUCCGCUCGCGGCACCGGUCCCACGCUUCGCCUCGGCCUCUUCGGGAAGAGGGCAGUCCGAUGAUCUCGGUGUCCACGAGCAGCACGGCGACCAUGGACUCGCAGCAACAGCUGGACCAGGAGGGCGCCACGGCCAACGGUGACAAGCUCAGUCCCAAGCCGGCGAGCAGCACGCCCAGGCACAGCAUCGACGCUAUCCUCGGACUCGCCAAUCGCAAGAGGAAACACCAAGAAUUGAAGGACCAAGGCGACUCUCAGGAUCUCACCGGCGACAACAACUGCAGUUCGAUAAGCGGCAACAGCGACGAGGAAUGUCCGAGUAACAAGAAGAAGCACCGACGCAACAGGACGACCUUCACGACCUAUCAGUUGCACGAGCUCGAACGAGCCUUCGAGAAGUCUCAUUACCCGGACGUUUACUCGCGCGAGGAGCUCGCCAUGAAGGUUAAUCUUCCCGAAGUUCGCGUGCAGGUGUGGUUCCAGAACCGCAGAGCGAAGUGGCGUCGGCAGGAGAAAAUGGAAGCUGCUAAGCUGGGACUCAGCGAGUAUCACUUCAGUAACGGACCGGGACCGACGCUGGUACUGCCGACGGAUCCGUGGCAUUCGCUGCCGGGCUUUUUAGCGGGCCAACCCUCGAGCUACCCGAGCUACAUCACGCCCCCCAUAGCCGGCCACUUCAGGCACAAGCUCCUCAUCGAGCGAAGGUACGGCAAUCUGGGCAGUCUGACGCCGACGGGUAGCGAAGAGCUGGCAACGAGUAUAGUCCAACCGACCGCGUCGACGAGUCCACCACUGGCCGCAGCUCCAGCUUCGGCGACGUCGAGCGCAGGUCCCGACCCGCGCACUUCGAGCAUCCAAGCGCUGAGGAUGCGGGCAAAGGAGCACGUCGAGAGCCUGAGCAAGAGCUUGCAGCAUCUUCCGCGCGCAGCCAGUCCGGCGCCACGCGACGACGCCUUUGUUCCCGUCUCCUGAACGCUCGUCGAUCAACUCGAACUCGACUAGUGACAGGCACACGGUGUUUUCUUUUCUCCGAACAGCAGGAUAAUCAAAAGUUCUCAAGGAAGGAAAUCAGGCUUUCCUUAUUCAGUGUUACACGCAUAGAUCUAAUCGAGUACAAUCAUUUACGCGAGCUUUCCUCGGUCUUUUUUCUUUGGCGAUCGACGGACGUGAAUUUUCAAUUGGUUUCGUUGAGCCGCCAGUUAGCGUAACUUUGUGUAUCUUUAAGUUACUUUUGUCAAAUUUUGCAUAACGACUAUGCAACGUGUGGUGCAAAAAAAAAUCGAAGACAUACUUGAGGUGCAAUAUCAUGUACAAAGAAACUGAGAGCUCUGCACCGAUAUAUAUUAAUAAAUAAAUAAAUAUAUAUGUAUAUAUAUAUUUAUUUAUUUAUUUAUUUAUUCAUUCAUAAAAACACUCUGUCGAUAAAACAUGUUGUUUUGAAAAUGAAAAGUCCUCAUAGAAAACAAUUCAGCUGCAAAAUUUGACGGUUAGUUUUCUUUGAACGAAUGACAGAAGCCACUUGAAAAAAUGAAUUGUUGCUGCAAAAGUAAUAUAUGAUCUCGUCUCUCGAUCAAAUUGGAAGAUGAUAUGUAUCUCUCGAGUGUCCGAGACAAUCACCGACGAAAAAUGUGUAAAUAAAUGUUGGAAAAGUUGGCACGCCGUCAUCCUGCGAACAUCGAAAUCGCGUACGGGCGCGUACCGUUCAGCGGUUAUAGCCCGUAUUGCGAUCGCGCGCGACUAACUCGCCAAGCCAUCUUAUAAUUAUAAAGAGGAAAAGUGUGCUAAGCAAACAAUUGUAUACGCGCUAGUCGGGCAAUAGACACGAGGAGAACGUACGGCAAGUUGUGCGCCCCUAGUAUAAUGAGCCGCAAUCUGACUGCGAAGAGCGAAUUUAUAAGUCGGAAAACAAUGUAAUUUGUUAUGCGUAAUUCCUUCUAGGCUAGUGUAUAGCGCGAUGAUCUGGACAACGCGAACAUAAAGGAGAGAAUGUAUACCGGGAGUAAAGCUUGCGUAGGAAAUACGUACGUCAACGGAUUGAUGAAAGAAAAUCAAAGUGUUAAUGGUCGACAGUAUUAAUAAGAUAUAAGCUAACAGGCUAGUUGCGCGUAAGGUGCCAUGGGAGCCAUGGAACUUUGCUUUCAACGGUUAUUUAUUGUCUUCUUGUUGGCGCUCGACGCUCAGGCAACCGAGGCAACUGCUCUGGCGCAAUCGCGCCAAGCCAAUCACAUAAUUCGUUGCGUCGAAUCAUCAGUAUAACAAGAUGCGGAAUAAGUCAAUCAAUAUCGUAUACAUAACGCUGCAGGAUAUAAAAUGUACGCGAAAUAGAUGUAAGGGACAAAACUAUAUAAGCGACACAAAUAGGCAUCCAUUUGUAUAUAUAGCAGUUCGUGAUAACAAAUAAAUUUGAUGUACAUACCAUGGCUAAUCUGGCGAACAAGCACGUAUUUCUUUUCUACCCGCUCCAGUGGAACCGCGAGGCAGUCGGCGUCGGCCGGUCGUCACGCGAGCAGCGAUCAAUCAAUCGAAGCUCGUUAGCACGUAGCGCUCGGGCGCUCGGCCUCGCUUCAA